UUUGACUGGAGAGCGCUUCAGCUUCUUCUCGUCGGAGUCAAGGAGGCCGAAGACAGAGAGAUACUCAGCGGAGGAAGGAGUAGGCAAAGACUGAGGAUGGAAAGUUUGGACGCUAAUUUUCCUGUGCGCCAUAGAAAGGUCUCACUAGAAACUAAGGGAAACAAGACAGAGAUUGUGAUCUGCAGCUACGAAGAUCAUAUCCUUGUCAUAGCAACACAGAUUGGAGCCAUGGGAACUAUAUUGCACGCAAGGAAGGAAGAAGGGAUGUCUGUUGAACCAACAUUUAGUGUCUCGGUGAUAUUUGGAAAGCGUGAUGAGCCAAUGAUGAUAGCAACUGCUCGAAGGCUCAUUGACCACAUAAGUUCUUAUGUUCUCUCGAAGACGCUGGUUCUCUCACUUGGUCUCAAAGAUCAUUCCUCGGAGACGUUGAAGGAAAUAGUAGCGGCUGUGAUCGAGAAUCGUCUUUGGUAAUACAUUUUAAUCCGUUGAAAGGAUAACGAGAAGAUGGUUUAUGUUUUGCUCUUGGUUGAUAUAACUAGUGAGUUGUGGUGUCAUUCAACGAUAUAAAGACCUUGUUUUGAUGAUUACCAGAAAAGAAAAUACACAAACUGAGUACCAGAGAGCAGUGAUGAUUAAUACAAAUAAAAUGGCAUCAUUAUAA